AGGAGGGUCCCAGUCCUCACUGAGUGAGACUUGCCUGCUCCCCUGUGCCCUGUCCUCUCUGCUCUCCAGCAUGGUGUGUCUGUGUUUCCUUGGAGGCUCCUGGAUGACAGCUUUGACAUUGAUACUGAUGGUGCUGAGCCCUCCCUUGGCUUGGGCUAGGGACACCCCGCCUCAUUUCUUGUUGCUGUGUAAGUCCGAGUGUCAUUAUUCCAACGGGACGGAGCGGGUGCGGUUCCUGGAUCGGUAUUUCUACAACCGGGAGGAGUUCGUGCGCUUCGACAGCGACGUGGGGGAGUACCGGCCGGUGACGGAGCUGGGGCGGCCGGUCGCUGAGUACUUGAACAGCCGGAAGGACUUCAUGGAGGGGAGGCGGGCGGCGGUGGACGCGUUGUGCAGACACAACUACGGGGUGGGUGAGAGCUUCACGGUGCAGCGGCGAG